GCAGUUACAGAACCAAAAAAAAAAAAAAAAUGUGGCUUGGUCACAGAGAAAUACCAAUCCCUUUCAUGAUGGAAAUGGAUUUUAUCACAAAACCCUCUUGUUAAUCUCACGAAUAAUUCUACUUUCUGCCUUUUGUUUUCAAUAAGCCUUUUUUUUCUUUCAGUUACUGUAUCCUUCCUCCACUGUCCUGUCUCUCUCUGUCUCCCUUUUUAUUUAAACUGAAGCCUCUGACCCUCUGAAACACAGAGAAAGUUCAGUGUGAUAUUUUUCUUGUUUGCACAGAAUGAGUGGAAAGACGAAAGAUGUGAUUCGCUUAGAGCGUGAAUCAGUGAUUCCAAUUAUCAAGCCCAGGCUUGUCAUGACCUUGGCCAACCUCAUUGAACAUGAUUCUGACCGGGCUGAGUUUUUAAAGCUCUGCAAAAGAGUUGAAUACACAAUUCGAGCUUGGUAUCUUCUACAAUUUGAGGAUUUGAUGCAACUGUACAACCUCUUUGACCCUGUACAUGGGGCUCAGAAAUUGGAACAGCAGAAACUAUCACCUGAAGAAAUUGAUUCACUUGAACAGAAUUUCUUGACUUACUUAUUGCAGGUGAUGGAAAAGAGCAAUUUCAAGAUAGCGACUAACGAAGAAAUUAAUAUUGCUGUUUCGGGGCAGUAUCUUUUAAAUCUUCCAAUCAAGGUUGAUGAAUCUAAGCUUGACAAGAAGCUUUUGAAGAAAUUUUUUACUGAGCAUCAUCAUGAGAACCUUCCAGAUUUUGUUGAUAAGUACAUUAUCUUCCGGCGUGGUAUUGGAAUUGAUCGGACCACUGAUUUCUUUUUCUUGGAGAAAGUGGAUAUGAUCAUUGGUCGCUUCUGGGGAUAUCUUUUGAGACUAACUAGGCUGGAAAAGCUUUUUAAAAGGUCAAGUGGACAGCAUAAGAAAGAUCCAAAGAAGCAAGAUGAUAUUUGUCCUGAAGCAGAUGCGGAAGACCUAUUUGUUGAACGGAUCCGUCUCGAAAAUAUGGAAUUAAGUUUUAGAAAUUUGCUGGGCAAGAUCACAAUCCAAGAACCUACAUUUGAUAGGAUCAUUGUUGUCUACAGGCAAGAAAGUACGACAUCAAAAACAGAACGAGGAAUAUUUGUGAAGCAUUUCAAAAACAUUCCAAUGGCUGAUAUGGAAAUAGUUCUUCCUGAAAAGAAAAAUCCUGGAUUAACUCCAAUGGACUGGGUCAAGUUCCUUGUAUCUGCUGUGGUUGGGCUGGUUGCAGUAUUUAGUUCUCUUGAAAUGCCUAAGGCUGAUAUGUGGGUCAUGUUUGCUGUUCUAUCAACAGUGAUUGGUUAUUGUGCUAAGACAUACUUCACGUUUCAAGCAAACAUGGCUGCGUAUCAGAAUUUGAUAACACAGUCCAUGUAUGACAAACAACUGGAUAGUGGAAAGGGUACUCUUCUUCACUUGUGCGAUGAUGUGAUUCAACAGGAAGUCAAAGAGGUGAUCAUUUCUUUCUUUGUAUUGAUGGAACAGGGCAAAGCUACAAGACAGGCAUGUAUCACCGAUCUUGAUCUGCGGUGUGAGGAACUAAUAAAAGAAGAGUUUGGUGAGAGCUGUAAUUUUGAUGUGGAUGAUGCAGUUCACAAGUUGGAGCAGCUAGGGAUUGUUGCUCGGGAUAGUGUUGGACGAUAUUUCUGCACGGGGCUAAAACGGGCUAAUGACAUCAUUGGCACCACCACUGAGGAGGUUGUCCUUAUGGCAAGACAGGGUAAUGCUAUUCCUUGAUGCUAUCUUGGAAAUGGUGAUUAUAGAGCUUCAGAACAGCCCAUGAAUGGUUCUCUCUGAUGGUGACAACACAUAAAGAGUGCUCGGUUCUCUUUGGUGGUGACGACACAGAAAGAGUUCUCAGAGAUAGGCGGCUUUACGCAAUUAUGCCUUUCAAUUGAUCUUCUAUUUCAACCGUUUGUUAAUAUAUAUAACUUCAUUCACAAACUACCCCACCUUCCACCCCCCCCCUCCUUAAAUUUGUGUGCCUGUUACCUUGCCAGUGUCUGAGAAUGUAAUGUGCUUGGAAUGUUAAUAGAGGAACAAUGUUGAUUUUUGUCAUUGAAUCUUAUCUAUAUGUAAACAUAUAUUCUACUUUAUUUUUUUAAAGAGAAAAGUCACCAUUUUCGUAUCCA